UCGGCGCCGCCCCGCCCGUUCCGGCUGCGGGAGGAGCCGGGAGGAGCCAUGGAGGACGCGGAUUACUUCGAGGGCAGCGCGGCCGAGUGGGGCAGCGAGGCGGACGGGGGCGCGCAAGAUGAUGAGGAUGGGGAGGGAGAAGAUGAUGCUGAAGUCCAGCAAGAGUGCCUGAAGAAGUUUUCAACCCCUGACUAUAUAAUGGAACCGUCGAUAUUUAACACGUUGAAGAGAUAUUUCCAAGCAGGAGGGUCUCCAGAGAAUGUAAUCCAGCUCCUCUCUGAAAACUACACUGCAGUGGCACAAACUGUGAAUUUGCUGGCAGAGUGGCUCAUUCAAACAGGUGUUGAGCCAAUGCAAGUUCAGGAGACUGUAGAAAACCAUUUAAAGAGCUUACUUAUCAAGCAUUUUGACCCUCGGAAAGCAGAUUCCAUCUUUACAGAGGAAGGAGAGACUCCAGCCUGGCUUGAGCAAAUGAUAGCACAUACAACGUGGAGAGAUCUCUUUUACAAAUUGGCAGAAGCCCAUCCUGACUGUUUAAUGCUUAAUUUUACUGUGAAGCUUAUAUCUGAUGCUGGAUAUCAAGGGGAAAUAACCAGUGUUUCAACAGCAUGUCAGCAACUAGAAGUAUUUUCCAGAGUCCUGCGUACAUCUCUGGCAACAAUUUUGGAUGGAGGAGAAGAAAACCUUGAAAAAAACCUCCCUGAGUUUGCUAAGAUGGUGUGCCAUGGGGAACACACUUACCUUUUUGCCCAGUCCAUGAUGUCCAUCCUGGCUCAGGAGGAGCAGGGAGGGUCGGCUGUCAGGAGGAUCGCUCAGGAGGUGCAGCGAUACGCCCAUGAGAAAGGCCACGAUGCCAGUCAGAUCACUCUAGCACUGGGUACUGCAGCCUCCUAUCCCCGAGCAUGUCAGGCUCUUGGUGCAAUGCUGUCCAAAGGAGCUCUGAAUCCAGCAGAUAUCACUGUCCUGUUCAAAAUGUUUACAAGCAUGGACCCACCUCCAGUAGAACUGAUUCGAGUACCUGCCUUUCUGGACCUCUUCAUGCAGUCCUUGUUUAAGCCAGGUGCUAAGAUCAACCAGGACCACAAACAUAAAUAUAUUCACAUACUGGCUUAUGCAGCCAGUGUGGUAGAGAUGUGGAAAAAGAACAAGAGAGUCAGCAUAAACAAGGACGAACUUAAGUCAACUUCAAAAGCCAUCGAAACUGUUCACAAUCUGUGUUGCAAUGAGAACAAAGGAGCAUCAGAGUUGGUUGCAGAGCUGAGCACCCUCUAUCAGUGCAUCAGGUUCCCAGUGGUGGCUAUGGGUGUGCUGAAGUGGGUGGAUUGGACAGUGUCAGAACCACGAUACUUCCAGCUGCAGACUGAUCACACUCCAGUUCACCUGGCACUAUUGGAUGAGAUCAGUACAUGCCAUCAGCUGCUUCAUCCCCAAGUCCUACAACUUCUUGUCAAGCUCUUUGAAACAGAACAUUCCCAGCUGGAUGUGAUGGAGCAGCUGGAAUUGAAGAAGACUCUCUUGGACAGGAUGGUGCACUUGCUCAGCCGAGGGUACGUCCUGCCCGUUGUCAGCUACAUCCGCAAAUGCCUGGAGAAGCUGGACACGGAUAUCUCGCUCAUCAGAUACUUUGUGACAGAGGUGCUCGAUGUGAUUGCUCCUCCAUAUACCUCAGACUUUGUACAGCUUUUUCUUCCAAUCUUGGAGAACGAAAGUAUUGCAGGUACUAUAAAAACAGAAGGUGAACAUGAUCCUGUCACUGAGUUCAUAGCUCAUUGCAAAUCUAACUUUAUUAUGAUGAACUAAGCAGUGGAAAGUAUCAAGACUGCAGAGCACAUGAUCACUACUUUGCCAUGCUCUCCAUCAGUAAGGUUCUGUAACUGGGCAGUGCUGCAGCAAAAAGAAAACAACAACAAAGCCAACAAAACUAACAGACAUAAAACAAGGAGGAAAGGGCUGAAGGGCAUUUGAUUGACUUGUGUGGUGACCUUGAAGUUCCUGUCAGAGGACUGUUUGUACUUCCUAUCAGAGAACUGUUAAUGUAAUUUAGCAAAUGGAACAAUACUGAAGGAUUUUCUGUUGUUCCACAAAUGAGUAUAAAUCUGAAUGUUCUGAAGGGGAGAGCAAGAGAGAAAAAGAUUUGUUUAAAAGAACGUUAUUUUUGUUAGUGAAUUUGGCACUCAUUCUUUGUGUAAUGCCCAGAACCUGAAGAAUGGGGAAGGUAGUUCCUGCUAAAAACACUUUGCAGAUAUUUCUCUGAAUACAUCUCGAAUGCUCUAGGCUUUGAUAUUUCGAGUUGUAAAAAAAGGGAUUUGUGUGAUUACCUCUGUGCAGCCGAGAAGCCCCAAUGCCUCUUUCUCCCCUUUGCUUUCUAUUAGAAUUCUAAAUAUCUGCUAUGAGAAAACCCGUUUUGUGCAACACAAGUGGAGUUGUAACAAUCAAGGAUAGUUUUCUAGUGGGAGAUGAAUCUAUGUGUGUGUUACCUUUCAGAAUCUAUUUUUUGGUAAAUAGAUGCAUCAGAUGUUACUGGUAAGUUUAAUUACCAUGUCAGAAUUCCACUGCUGUCCAAGAAGAGGAAUGUGUGCAGAAGUUUCAUUACUGCUGCUUGUGGCUUUGUUUUUGUAAUUAUCUCUGCUCUGUCCUGGUUGAUGCCAAACAGUGGGGGAUGCACCCAAGAAUAUGAAUUACCUUUAAAUAAAGGUGUUUUUUCUUUUCCAGA